AUGAAUCUAACCAAGCAGAGAAGUCCCCGCAACCCGGAUGAGUUUCCCACCGUUCAGCUCUUCCUACUAGCCAUUGUCCGUCUUGCCGAACCCAUCGCCCUAACCUCCAUUUUCCCGUACGCCUGGGACCUCAUCAAGCGGUUCAAGAUCGGCAGCGAAGACGAUGCCUCCUUCUACGCCGGUCUGCUCAUCUCGUCCUUCUCCCUGGCGGAGGCCCUGAUGGGCAUGUACUGGGGAGGGUUGUCGGACAGGGUCGGGCGCAAGCCCGUGCUGCUGCUGGGAUGCGUGGGGACCAUGUUCAGCAUGGUCAUGGUUGGCUUUGCCUCCAAUAUCUGGAUUGCGCUGGUCGGACGCGCCAUCGGUGGCCUGCUGAACGGCAACAUCGGCGUCAUCCAGACCAUGGUAGGCGAAUUGGUCACGAAACCCGAGCACGAGCCACAGCACGUGCAUAUUCAAUCACUAACCAGCGCAGUGCCCUUCGUCUGGAGCGUCGGGACCAUAAUCGGGCCCAUGAUUGGUGGUCUGUUUGCUGACCCCCACAAGUCGUACCCCCACCUAGUCCCCCGCGGGUCGCUGCUCGAACGCUUUCCCUACCUGUUGCCCAACCUGAUCUGCGCUGGAAUGCUCUUGAUGAGCAUCCUACUGGGGUACUUUCUGCUAGAAGAGACCCACCCUGACAUGCAACCGCGCGUGUUGCUGCCAGAUGACACGUUCCUCUCGGAAAACACUCCCUUGAUCGAGACGUCGGACGCCAUGAAGCGCCCGGCGGUCGACCUCCGAGACGAGAACUACGGAACUGUGCGUAGCCUGGAACAGCCCACGCCGGCAUGGCCCAAGGACCCCGAGAAGCCGGCAAACAUCUUCUGCAAGCGCAUCAUGGCCGUGAUCCUGUCCCUGUCCAUCUUUACCUAUCACUCCAUGACGUACGACCACCUCCUGCCCAUCUUCUUCGAGGACGACAGGAUGCCCCUCCGCUCCCUCGCCACGCAUCUGAAUCCGCUCUACUCGCCCGGCGGCCUCGGCCUCUCCAUCCAGGCUGUUGGUGUAGUCAUGGCCGUCCAGGGGGUCAUUGCUCUCUUCAUGCAGGCCGUUGUAUUCCCGCUCAUGGCCGAGCGCGUAGGCGUAUACCGCCUCUUCAUUUUCAUCACCGUCCUGCACCCGAUAGCGUACCUGAUCGUACCGUUUUUGAUAUACGUCCCCGAGGGAAUGCUCUAUCCGGCCAUCUACUUCUGCCUGGCCGUCCGCAACUUCUUCUCCAUCUUGCUCUACCCGCUCCUUCUGAUUCUCAUCAAAGAGGCGACGCCGACACUCACGGUGCUGGGCAAGGUGAACGGCCUUGCGGCGAGCGCCGGCGCUGCCUGUCGCAUGGUAGCACCACCUGUGGCGGGCUACCUGUAUGCGAUAGGCAAGAAGAUGGACUGCACCGCGCUGGCGUGGUACGGGAGCGCGCUUGUGGCGAUCGUCGGUGCGAUACAGUGCUUUUCGGUGAAGAGGGACGGCACGCGGGAGUGGGGCAAGGGAGCGGCCUCUGACGCUGAGCAAGUUGAGCCUUGA